AAGGCGGCGCCCCUUUCCCUGAAGCCCUCUCCCACUUAAUCGCUCGAGGAGAGCCGCGUGUCGACUGAAAAUCCGCCGCUGUGUGUUCGUCGUGCUGCCACGUCCUAAACGCGCCGCUUCCGAAAUGGCCAAGGUACCUGGACAGUCAUCGGAGAAUAGUAUCGAGGGGUACUCGUAUGAGCACAUCGAAAGUAUCGCUAACUUCCUGCUGAGCAAGACCGAGCACCGCCCAACGAUAGGAAUCAUAUGCGGCUCUGGCUUGGGCUCCCUGGCUGACCUCAUCGGAGGCAGUAAGGAGUUUCAAUACAAGGACAUUCCAGAUUUUCCCGUUAGCACAGUUCCUGGCCACAGCGGAAAGCUCGUUUUCGGCAACCUAGAAGGAAAGACGGUCAUUUGUAUGCAAGGACGAUUUCAUCCUUACGAAGGUUACCCACUAUGGAAGUGUGCUAUGCCAGUAAGGUUGAUGAAGUUGCUUGGAGUAAAGACUCUUAUUGUCACCAAUGCUGCUGGUGGGGUGAACCCAAAUUUCAAGGCUGGUGAUAUCAUGAUCAUUCGGGAUCACAUAAACUUCCCUGGCCUUGGCGGCGACAACCCUCUGAAAGGUCGCAACGACGAAAGGUGGGGACCUCGCUUUCCGGCCAUGAGCAAUGCCUAUGACAGAGACCUUAGGGAAAUGGCGAAGAAAAUUGCCAACGAAGAGCUUUCGCUGUGGCCUUUCCUCCGUGAAGGUGUCUAUUGUAUGCUUGGAGGACCAAACUUCGAGUCAGUUGCCGAGAUAAAUAUGCUCCGUGUGAUCGGUGCCGACGCUUGUGGCAUGAGUACGGCACACGAGGUCAUCGUGGCAAGACACUGUGGCCUCCGAGUAUUCGGCCUGUCUCUUAUCAGCAACGUGUGCGUAAGCAACUAUGACACCCAGCAAGUGGCCAAUCACGAAGAGGUCCUCGAAACGGGCCAGAAACGCAAGAAGGACCUCGAGAAGCUCGUCAGGGCUCUCAUCAAGAAGAUGGAUGCCUGAAACACUGCGCUGUUCCCGACCUCCCGUUUCGUGGCGAUGUAUCACACAUGCACCAGCACUUACUUCACAGAGAAGCACUGCGCGUAAGGGCCGCGACACCCAAUAGGUACAUACAUCAAGGCUGCUGUGGACAUGAAAGACAAGGCAUGGCCUCAGUCGGUAUGCUCUGUCUUAUGCUCCAUAAUAGCCGCAGAGUGUGAGAGAAGUGUCGGUGUUACGCUGGUUGCUCACUUAGCGCAAUGCCUUCAAGAGAUCACUAAACAGGACUCUUAGAAUCCACCAUGUGUGCGUACAUUGACAGGUCAGGUCUCUGAGAGGCUAUUCAUGAUUGCGCUAUGGCACAGUCCCUUGCCCAUCCGAAUUAGUGCGUGCAGCUACUUUUAUGCCACAUAGAUCUAAUACACAUAUUGAAGAUAUGAACCGAUGAACCUCCUCCCUGAAAUAAUUAUUUUUAUAUACGUCACGACAUAGUAUGAACAUGCUCAUAUACUUUUAUAUAAAUCAUUUCGAAUAUUACGUUUUCAUUUUAAGUGUAGACCUAGGAACAUAGUUCUUUAUUGUUCUGGGUUCUUAGUUCCCCCCCCCCUUUUUUUUUAGAUGCGACAUACGUACGCGCUGCUUAAUUCAUUGCAAGACUACGCCGUCACACAGCAUUGUCAGAGUGCACGCAAAGCAACUGCACGAAUACUUCUCAAGAUCUGGAGCAGGUGAAUGAUGGCCAAAUAAGUAAACUUCGAUGACUGAUGUACCGGUGCUGCAAUACACACGAGACAUUCUUGUAGAAUAAACACCUUGUUGCAUGAA